AUGCGAGAAACAAAUCCAUUGCGAAUGCUGAUUGUGUCUGUUAGCACAAUUGAGGACGACGGACACCGAGAUAUCGCCUCGUAUAAUAAGGAGCUGGAGCAGCGGGGAAACCCCCAAUGGCACGAUGUUCCUUGGCUUUUCUCCGAGUGCUAUCUUUACCGUCGGAUGGAAUCCCUCUUCGCCCUGUCCAAGCACUGGAAGGGAUACGACGUUUUCGCCCGCCAGAAGAUGAACACAUUCAAGUCAUCGCGCCCAGCCGUAUUGGAGCUCGCAGCGAGAUACCGUGAUAUCGUGACAGAGGCAGAAUCAAGCAAAGGAAAGGAGGACAAGUCCCCCGAAGAAGUCGAGGCUGCUGAGAGACUUCUCUUUUCGGAGAUGUGCGAGAUUUGUCUGUGGGGAAAUGCCACAGACCUAUCUCUCUUGACAUCCCUCACUUAUGAGGAUAUCCAGAAGUUGCAGGGCUCACAGGCACGCAAAGAUUCACAGAAGAACAUCCUUGUCAAUGACCUCGAUGCCGCAUUCGAUGCCAUGCAGAAGGCCCGUCGUGAAAAGAAAGAUGGUGAUCGUCGCGUGGACAUCGUUCUCGAUAACUCUGGAUUUGAGCUCUUUGUCGACCUGAUUCUGGGUGGAUACUUGCUUUCAUCAGGCUUGGCAACCAGUGUUGUGCUUCACCCUAAACGUCUGCCAUGGUUCGUGUCCGAUGUCACACCCAAGGACUUCUCGGAUCUGCUCAACAGCAUGGUCGACCCGCAAGCAUUCUACACGGCCGCCGACGAAUCAGGAAAGACCUUCCCUCCCCUUUCCGAGAAGGAGGUUUCAGACGUCCAGUUCCUCUUCAACCAAUGGAGUGAAUUCCACCAGGACGGUAAGCUGAUUCUGCGUCCACACGCAUUCUGGACCGAACAGGGUGGCUUCUGGCGUAUGCCCCAUGAUGCACCAGAGCUAUUCGAGGACCUCAAGGAGAGUGAGCUUGUUUUGUUCAAGGGUGAUUUGAACUAUCGGAAAUUGACUAGCGAUGCGGAAUGGGAUCCCACUACCCCAUUUGUAGAGGCCAUUGGCCCACUCGGUCCCAAAUCUGGCAUCCGCGUGCUAGCGUUCCGCACUUGCAAGGCCGACGUUGUUGUUGGCCUCCCAGCCGGUGAGGAUGAAAAGCUUCGCGCGCUGCCUGGUGGCGGUGGCUCCGAGUCUCGCAAGUGGGCUUGGAGCGGGAAGUGGGCUGUCGUCUCACUCUCUGAUGGAAAGGCUUAA